AUGUCGUCAGGAGGGAAAUAUGUUUGCGCUCCCGAGUACCAAAGCGACACGGAAGAUUCCGACGAAAGCAUCUCUGAUGAACCAUACAUCGAAGAAUUGAAUGACGAGGGACACGUUUCGGGCAAUGAUAAUGCUGGCACCGAGGAUGAACAAGGAGAAACUGAGCAUCCUAUCCCUGAAAAAGACGGCGUUAAGGAAUGUGGAGAAGGGAGCUCUCAUGAUGGCGACGAGGAAACCAACAACGCGGCACAUUCGGCAACAAAUGGCGAAAAUCAAAAAUAUAUCCAACAGAUGAGGCAAUUGCAGGAUACCCUGAAUCAUAUUAUGCGCACCAUGGAGUUCAACCGACCAAUCAAUCGGCCUAAUGAACCAACGACCAACCAGUUGGACCAGCGGCUCGAUGAGGUUGACCGGAGCUGGAACCUCGACAGCGAAUUUCCAGGGCCAUCGUCAAGCUCAGCUAGUGUCCGUUGGCAGAAUAUCCAACCAUUCCCGGAUGACGUCGCCGCAAGUAAAAUGUGGGAGCAAUGGCACCGAUUCAUAGAUCGUUUUGAGAUCGCUGUGUCUCUCGCCAACAUCAACGACCCGGUAAAGCGCACACAUACUUUGUUCUUGUCACUCGGCGAAAAAUUACAAGGAAUAGCCAGAGCAGCUAACCUUCGCCCAAGCUUGAAGAAUCCCAACUGCUACGCCGUCUUCGUAAAGAAUCUGGAGAAUUACCUACGUUCAAUGGUGGACGUAACAGCGGAGCAUGCGGCAUUUACCAACAUGAAACAAGAACCAGCUGAGUCAACCUUGGCUUUCCACGCCCGCUUAAAGGAGAAGAUUCGCCUUGUCGGAUAUACGAUCGCUGACCAGGAUCAAUCCGUUUAUACCCAGCUGUUGAGAGGAAUGAGAAAUAAGGAACUGGUUAAGGCAGCGAGAACCUUCGGAUAUUCAGCCUCCUUCGUCGUACAAUGUGCCACCCGUGAAGAAGCCUAUACAGCAGAAACCGAGCAAUUAGGAUCAUCGCAAGCGUUUGCAGUUCAACGGAAUCGACGACAGGCUUCUAAAGAGUCACAGUGGAAGCGAAAGCGUGAACAAACUGACGACGAUGUGAAUCAACGGAAGAAGCGGAAUGCAGACGAUAGCAGGGAUCGUGGACUAGGACGUCGCUCCCGUUGCUCAAAAUGUAACAUGCAGCACCACAGAUUCGGAGCCUGCCCGGCGGAAAAGAAUAGUUGCAGAUCUUGCGGCAAGCGUGGCCACUUCGAGGCUGUGUGCUGGAAGAAGGUCGCCAACGCCGUUCAAACCGAACGCAAUCUUCCCCAAGGAUGGUCGAAAGAGGAAGACGAAAAUAUAAAGCACAUAAAUGCAAUUUGUUUAACGGACGCCUUAAUCGAUUGUCGGGUGGGAUCUUCAAACCCAAUUUGUUUUCUGAUAGACUCGGGGGCGGAUGUCAAUACUAUCGGUGGCGAUGACUGGAAAAGGCUCAAGCAUGAAUUCCACGUUGGUACAGCCAAGUUAGAGCCAUUUGAGUUAUCGAAGGAUAGUGACUUGCGACCAUACGCUUCGAGCAAACCCCUCUCAGUAACGCGCGCAUUCAGGGCCAUAAUAGAGGUUGUGGGUCAUGAUAAACCAUUGAUCAAUGCUGAGUUCUUAGUCAUCGACCAAGGCACCCGUUCACUUUUAGGACGUUCCACGGCGAGUGAUUUGAAGCUGUUAAAAGUUGGUGUAUCUGUUAACAGCUGUGAAGGACCAGAAAAUACGGCCACAUUCCCUAAAGUACCAAGCGUCCUAGUAAAGAUAGUUAUCACUGAACACUUGUGUUGA